GCAGUCACGCGCUGCCUGGGUGCCUUCAGGGGCGGAGUGGGGCGGCUGUCGCUGGGCUAGUCUUCGGCCGAGAGUGGGAGUGAGCGGAGAGGCCGCGCAAAUUGCGAGGGUGCCGCACCCUCCCUUUGCUUCAUUUUUCUGUACCGAGGCGAUUUAAGAACGGAGAGCCUGCAACCGGCCGAAAACUAUAUUCGGCAUUGUUUGGGUGUGGGUUGGAAGAACUUCUUUUAAGGUGGGAGUGAAUAUGAAGCAGUAACUGACUUGUAGGAGUCCCUUGUAACUGAAACCGAUGAUGUCUAUGCCAGUUAUACCUGAAUCUUGCAGCCAUGUAUUGGCAGAGUUUGAAUGCUUCAAUCCACUGCUCUCUGCUCUCAGGCUGGAUUCUAGUCGUCUAAAGUGCACAUGCAUAGCAGUUUCUCGAAAAUGGUUGGCAUUGGGUAGUUCAGGUGGUGGCCUGAACCUCAUUCACAAGGAGAGCUGGAAACAGAGGCUUUUUCUCAAUCAUAAGGAAGGUGCCAUUUCCCGUGUUGCAUUUUGCUUGCAUGAUGAGGACUAUGUUGCUGUAGCUACAAGUCAAGGCCUUGUUGUUGUCUGGGAAUUGAAUCAGGAACGUCGUGGGAAGCCAGAGCGGAUUUAUGUUUCUUCUGAGCACAAAGGCAGAAAAAUAACAGCUCUUUGUUGGGAUACUAGUGCACUUCGUGUUUUUGUUGGUGAUCAUGUGGGGAAAGUGUCUGCUAUCAAGGCUAAUACAUCUAAACAAGGAAAGGCAACUACUGCAUUUGUGAUGUUUCCUGUUCAGAUUGUAACCACUGUUGACUCUCGAGUUGUUCAGCUUGAUUAUUUGGAUGGAAGGUUGCUUAUUUCUUCUCUUACUCGUUCUUACUUAUGUGACACAGAGAGGGAAAAGUUUUGGAAAAUUGGCAAUAAGGAAAGAGAUGGUGAAUAUGGAGCUUGCUUCUUCCCAGUUGGAAAGAGUUGUGGAAGCCAACAGCCACUGAUAUACUGUGCACGUCCUGGUUCAAGGAUGUGGGAGGUGAACUUUGAAGGGGAGGUGCUAAGUACGCAUCAGUUCAAACAACUUCUGUCAGUGCCUGCUCUCCCUGUUGUUACUCUAAGGGAGGAUCCAGCAUAUACUGUUUCUGGCUGCUCUCCCCAGUCUUUGGCUUUCCCCAGGCUGCUUUAUUUAAGUGAGCACUGUGUAAUGACAUGGACAGAAAGAGGCAUUUAUAUUUUUAUCCCCCAAAAUGUCCAAGUUUUGCUCUGGAGUGAAAUAAAAGAUAUCCAUGAUAUUGUGGUUUACAAGAAUGAACUCUUUUGUUUACACACUACUGGAAAAGUCUCGCAUCUCUUCCUCCUGCCAGUUGAAAGAUGCAUAGAACGCUUGCUUAGGAGAAACUUCUGGAAUCUUGCAGCCAGAAUCUGUUGUCUUUUCCAGAAUUCUAUUUUAUUGUGUCGGGCAAGGAAAGUUCUUCCCAUAGAUAAGCUAGAACAUUUGAAAUCACAGUUGGAUCUUGCAACACAGAGUGAUAUCAUUGCUCAACUUGAAGAACUGAUUUCAAAACUUGAACCUUUGGAUUCUGCAUGCAGUAGCAGGAGAAGCAGCAUUUCUUCACAUGAAAGUUUCAGUGUAUUAGAUUCUGGAAUUUAUCGUGUUAUUAGUCGAAGAGGCAGUCAGUCUGAUGAAGAUUCUUGCUCCUUACAUAGCCAAACCCUAUCAGAAGAUGAAAGACUGAAAGAAUUUCAUGCACACCAGGAGGAAGAACAACUGGAACUUGACAAUGUAUCUCAUGCUUCUGUGGUGGUCGACACUGAUCGGAAUGAACCUUUUCUUCCAUUCAAUAUUCCAUUGUCAUUUCGUUCUCCAUCUCCUCUCGUCUCUCUUCAAGCGGUUAAGGACAGUGUUUCUAGUUUUGUACGCAAAACCACAGAGAAGAUUGAAAAGAUGGGUACCCUUCAUGUGAAUCCUGAUAAAAUGAGACAGGACAUAAAAGCUGAAGAAGAACCACCACCAGAAAUGAACUCUAGCAUUGUAGCACCGCCUCAGGAGAAAGAGGUUGAACUACAGAGCCAUCUGCCAGAAGAGGACCACCUCAGAGAACUCAGGACAGCAACUAUAGAGACUCUGGCAAGACUCCAGGAUCCACUAGUUUUGUUACAACCACAGUGCUUGAGGACAGUUUUGCUGGACUGGGUUCCAUUUCUAGAAGAAGCAUUUCGAUUCAAGGCAGUUGCCAAUUUAGAUGAUAGUUUAUCUAAGUUAGACAGAGAAAUGCCUUUGCAACCAGAGGAAGAGCAUGUUUUUGAAGAAAAUGUGGAACCAGAUCAACAUAAUGAACUUGCAGUUGAGGAACAGAAACCAUCCUUGACAACAAACUGUGAAAAUGCUGCACCUGAACAACAGGAAGACAUUUUGGAAGAAAAUACUGAGUCAAGUAAUCAGAUUAACAAAAUACUGUGCAAUCAGAUAAGUAGAUCAGAGAUAGAUUUAAACCAGUCUUUUCAGAUUUGUCCUCCAUGUUUCAUAGCACAAAACAUUCAGAAGGAUCUGGUAGAGCUGACAACUUUAUGUUUUGAAUCAAACAUUUACGAAUAUUCACAAAUAAAUGGGGAACAGGGUGCGCAGCCAGAAGAUUCCUGUGCUUUGGCUUGUAGAUUCAUAAAGGACUAUUUUUUUCUACUGGAUUUGGAAAGGCUGAAGAAAUGUAUCUUAACUUACCAUAGCAAUCACCCCAAGGUCUGGGAAACAUAUAUGGAAGGACUAAAAGAACUGACCCUGACUAGCCCAGUCACUAUUGCAUUGGAAAAUGGCGAUAUGUUUAAAACAAUGAAAUUGCUAGUUGAUCUGGGUCCCUGGAAUGCUCCUGUGUUGCUGGCACAUGCUCAGAGACUCUAUGAAAAAUUUGGAGAAACUUCUCUAAGGCCCCUGAUCAAGUUUUAUCCCUCUAUUUUGCCUUCUGACAUCAAACAAAUUUGUAAAAGCAAUCCUGAGCAUUUUCUAGCAUAUUUAGACAGUCUAAUCAAAUCAAAGCCUGAAGAUGAAUGGCUUUCUUUCCUUAGAUCUCUUCUGUAUCCUGAAUCACUACAUUUAGAUUGGUUAUGCUUGGCAGUUUCACAUGAUGCCCCCCAGAAAGAAAGUACAAUGGAUGCCCAAGGAAAUCCACGGCCACGUUCACAUUUGUUUACCUGGGGAUAUAAUCAACUGAUUUUACUGUUGCUUAAGCUCCCAGCUGACACUGUAACAAAAGAGAAGAUGUCUGAUAUCUGCAAAAGCUAUGGCUACUGGCCUGGAUAUCUUUCUCUCUGUUUGGAGCUGGACAGAAGAACUGAAACACUUACUAAUAUUAUUCAUUUGGAUGAUAUGAACUUGUUGGAUAGAGAACGUGGGGCAAUUCCAGAGACAAUGGAAGAAUGGAAGUUUCUUCUUUGCUUUGUGAAAAGUCAUCAUGAUAGUGCUUUUCAUCCUGCUAUGCAAAAUGGCGGUGCUGUUACCAACGGUGUUCCAGAUUGGUCAACUUGUAUUACUGUUGAAAAUGUGGGUCUCUUGUUGGCAAGAGUAAUCGGGCCAGAUUGUGCUUUGCAGCUGUUGCAGGAAUGUGGCCUGAUGGCUGAAUUAUCCCAAAGAUUUGUCAAGGUCUGUGAGAUACUAAGAAUUGCUGACAAAAGGCAAAGAGCCCUGAUUCAGUCCAUGUUGGAAAGAUGUGACCGAUUUUUGUGGUCUCAGCAAGCAUAGCAAACAAUUCUGGAAUGUAAUGAAUGUUAUAAGAAACAUAUUCUUCCUGUCUAGGCAAAGGUGAAUUUGGUCAGAUUCACAUAAAAUCCUAAUGAACCUACAUUUUCUAUUGGCUUUUCAUCAGUCAGUAUUUGAGAGUAUAUUCCUAAUUGCUUAUUAAAUCUGACAACGCAGCAGGAAUAUGUGUAUUUGUUAAGUGCGCUGAGCGAUCAAACUUAAUUUUGAGAUAAAAAUGGUGUUCCCUGUAUAUAGAAAGAAAUUGUUCACAUUCAGAAUGUAAAUUGUAAAUUCUAGUGAUACCAGAAACAUAAACUGACUUGCAUAACAUCUCAAGCAGAUUGCCACUUGGUUUGCAAGAAGCUGCACUUAAAUGAAUGUAUGUAAUUGCAUGGUUCUUUACUUCUAUGAUGGAAAAGUCAACAUGAACCUUUCAAGUUAAAUAGAAGAAUCCAGUAAUUGAUUGAUUUUGUGUUGUUGAUUUUGUGCAGUGUUAAAUUAAGCAUGAAAAUAUAUUAAAUAUAUGGUCUUCCAAAUAUAUAGCACUACAAAAUUCCACUACUUUAUUAAAAAAUUGAAGCAGUAAUCAAUGAAGUUGAGAUGAUAGUGGUUAAAUAUGAAUGAAAAUAGGCAGUGACAGAAUGUGUAUAUGUUAUAAGCUAUUUAACAUUGCAACCUUUAAAGGAUUACAUAUUAUGACAAACAUCUUCCCCUGCACCACCAAUUAUUUAUAAAAUAUGCUAAAAAGUAUCUAAACAUUUAUGGAAAAAUCUUUUGUACUUUUUCUUGUUUGUGUCCUUGCAAAAUGAAGACCUUCAUGUAUAGUUCAAGGGGGCUUAAAGGAUUGCAUUGUAAAACUGGGAUAGUGAUCCUUUGAGUUGAGAAAGGUUGAGUUCUUUUUACAGUUGCAUUAUUGUAUUGUUUCAGAAACAAGGUAUUUAAAAAUCCCUUAAAUACUUGUCUUUAUGUUGGCUAUCUGACUACAAAAUAUUUAUGAUUGGUUUUCCAUGUGCAAAUUAAGGCUAUUCAGUUUAUGAUGCUUUGUUUUUUAUGCUUGCUAAUUGCUUGGAUCCAAAAUAAUUGAAGGCUAUUUCUGUUUACACAAAUUGACUUUUCUUCUUCCACGGCUGGAAAAGGCCAUUAAUGGGGCAAUGGGGAGAGGACAAUCCAUAUUGGUUUUUCAGGGAAUGGAAGGAGGUGCCAAUGGGAGGCUGUGUUAAAAUUGGUAAAUCUCUCUACAUUGUACUGCAUGGUAUACAUUGAGAUGGUUUGUAUCCAGAUCAGUUAUACUUUAGAGGUAUGGCAUGUAGAGCUAUGUAGUUCUGCGCAUUACUAAUAGUUAUUGAAAUUGGGUAAUUAGGGAUAGGGAAAGGUUAUAGAUGUCUAUUAUUAUUGCAUUCCAAGUGAGUCUUCUGCUGAAAUCCAAAACUGCACAAUUACAUAUCUUCAGGCUUUAAUAUUCAGCAUGUAAGGGCAUGCAUCUUAUACUACCACUAAUGCAGUAUUGUCCGUAGCUGUUCUAAAUCACUAAGCAUAAAAUAAAGUACCUUAUUUUGAGGUCUUGUUUGUCUAUGCCACAACCUCAAGUGUUCUAUUUGCCACAUGCAGGAGUUUGAUGCCAGGAUCAUCUCUUUUCUUAGACUGUUGCUGUUCCCUUGAGUUUUGGGGCUGACUUCAUUGCUAUUAUGAAGGCUGUUUCCAGAAAGGGUGGUUCAGAAACCUGCCGUGUGUGUAAAUCUCAGCAUACUUAGUUUUGAAUCUGGGUUCUACUGUGCAACUGAGUGUCUACUACCACACAUUUCAUUUGGAAUAAAUAGGGUUCAUUUUAAGAUAAUUACCAGUGACAGAGUUCAUGAAAUAGUAUUUUUCAAACAAGAACCUGUGCAGCAGCACAUGGUAUGCAACUGCUAAAUGCUAAUGAAAACUUAUAUUUUGUACUUUGUUAUAUCAUAUUUGUAUUUUUACAAUAAAUAUUUGACUUCUAAUCAUACACUAUUUUAUGGAUACUGUUAGUAGCAUUGCUUGUAACCAAUCAGCCUCAGUUUUAGUUAAUGUGGAACUUAAUAAAAUUAAUAUAAUCAUUACUUGUUUGUGCCUUUAAAAACAUUGGGAAUAAAGAAUGUUGGCCAAAUA